AUGAAGACCGCCGCCGUCACCACCGCCCUCCUCGCCGCCCUCGCGGCCGCCAGCCCCAUCGAGGUCCGCCAGGCGUCCGGCUGCAAGGCCUUCACGGUGCUCUUCGCCCGCGGCACCACCGAGAUCGGCGCCCUCGGAAGCGUCGUCGGCCCGGGCCUGCAGAGGGCCGUCCAGUCGGCGCUCGGCGCCAACGCCGUGACGGUCGAGGGCGUCAGCUACCCGGCCGACAUCGGCGGCAUCAUGGCCGAGACGACGGGCACGGGGCCCGGCAGCACAGCCAUGACCAACCAGGCCAACCAGUGGCUGAGCAAGUGCCCGCAGACGAAGCUCAUCCUCACGGGCUACAGCCAGGGCGGCAUGGUCGUCCACAACGCCGGCAAGAAGCUCAACGGCAAGGGCGUCGUCGCCGCCGUCACCUUCGGGGACCCCUUCAAGGGCCAGGGCGUGGCCGGCGUGCCCACGGGCAAGUUCAAGAGCUUCUGCGCCGCCGGCGAUACCGUCUGCGCCGCCGGCGGGUGUGCCAGCGCCGGAGGCUGCGGGAGCACGAGCGCGGCUGGCCACAUCGGGUACGGGUCCGAUACCAACGCUGCCGGUGCCUUUAUCAAGUCUGCGGUGGCCUAG